AUGUCGAACGAUGAACGAUCAGACUCUGAGUCUGAGCGCGAUGAUCUCAGCACCACUGGCUUGAUCGCCACACGAGCCAAACGCUCGACGGCUGGCAAUCUUUAUGCGACGCUCCGGCAGAAUCUUGACGACGAGGAACUUCAAAACGAAUUGCUAGCUGAAGAUGAGGAGGAUGUCGGCGAUUACGAAGGCUCGGACCAGGGUGACGAUGAUGAGGCUAUGGACUCGUCCAGCGAUGAGGGGGACGGCGGCCCACCAAAGGAUGGCGAUCAAGACGAUUUGGACGGGGAGAAAGAGUUGAAGCGUGCCGAACGAGCUGAGGCUAAGAAGAUAAAGCGCAUGCAGGCUGCUCGAAUGCGCAUUCCAGCUUGGCAAAGGAGUAACAAACGAGUGAAACUCGCGGAUGAUGCAAAGACCGAAGAUGGAGCAUCGGCAAGACCGAAGAAGAAGGCUGAUCGAGCUGGCUGGCUUCCCGCGGAUUUCGAUGGACCCACGAGGCAGUCUAGCCGAGCGUCUGCCGUGCACAAUCGGGAAAUGACGAAUGCAAGUCUGAAGGAGUCCGCAGCACGGUCCGAGAAGCAAAAGACGCAGUCCCAGAAAUCUCAGGAGCGCGAGCAGUUGAAGAGGCGUGUAGACCUGACGAAGGAGGAGCGUAUGGCCAAAGCUAUGAGGGUGGAGAAAGAGACUGCUCGUGAAUUCGGCCGUUGGGAGCGCGAAGAGGCUGAGAGGCAGCGCAUAAGAGACGAACAGUUGGCGGCAAAGAGGAAACGAGGAAUAGAGGGACCGAUCCACAAAUUUUGGAGUGGAAGCGUACUGUGGGCGGGUGACCAGAUCAAAAUCGGGCGCAUGCAUGGACACCAACAGGGUAUAGACGAGACGCCUGAUAAGCUUGAAGGCGAACACGCCCACAAUACCGACGAUGCGAUGAUGGUUGAUAUCACGGAAACUCCAGCUCCAACAGAAACUACACCUGCUACAGCCCCUGUUGCCGGUGAAGGUGUUAUCCCGCAUGUUAAUACGAUUACCGCGUCCGCAUCAGCAACAGAUGAUUUUUCGGCUGUAGUGCCGACCCAGAUACAGGCGGAGCCUACGCCUGUGGAAUCGACUGAUUUGAAAAAAGAGAACGUUGCACCCUUGGCUGCGGACGCGCACUCCAGUGAUUUGGACAAGCAACAACCGCAGACGCUACUGGACGGAGUACAUGCGUAUGCGUCUCAGCAAUCAGGGUCAGAGUCGCUUCCAACCAAGAUCGAGGACUCAUCUUCACAGUCGCUGGCUGCUCCGCCUCAGCUUUAUACCCCAAGCUUUCCGAUCCUGCAUGGCGACGCAAUCCACUGGUCGACCGGUUCAUUUGAUGAGACAGGUCCACCGCCCGAUCCGCAGCACAACUCAGCUAGAAAUUCGAAUCCAUCAAUGCCUACUGUACCAUCUGAACCAGUGAUAGAGGAGCAGGCACAGCGGUCACUACUCAUCCUAGAGCAAUUCUCUCACUUGGAAAAUCCCAUAACAACAAUCCGACGCUCCACAGCAAAGGCGGGCAAAGAAACUUUUGUGGGCCCAACACCUCUUGCUUCGACACUAGCUCCAAUCGCAUACCCGGAAUUUACGUCUGAGGAGCUUCGCUAUCUCACCGCCAAGAUGCGCAAGCGUGGCGCAGAGCAACUACUACCACCGGCGCCCACGAAGACUAGAUGUGCCCUGACAAGCUGGCCAGCAAAGUUCAAAGAUCCGAAGACCGGACUACCCUACGCAGACCUCCAAUCAUACAAACUGAUCCAACGGAUCUUAGCUGGCGGCUGCUCGUGGAGCAGCCUCCUCGGCGCAUGGGUCGGUCCUGCGUAUGGAGACAUGGGCAGACCUGCGAGAGGUGUUCCCAGCGGAUUCAGCCCUUCUCCUGUUGAUAAGAAGGCCGCAUCCGCGACGUCAAUCAAGCAUGAAUCAGCAGAGUGA